UUGGCCACCCUAAAAGUGCAGGUUUUGUUAGGAAACUAACUCGAACUGUACAACCCGCGGCGACUUUAUUCAAAGUUGUGCAUUUAAUCUUCUAUUAGAUCUUUGAACGAGCGAGCUGGUGAUUUAAGCGCCGAGAUUGCACGAAGACGAAGCGUGUAGUUUGAGUCGCUGCUAGUUUUUGCACAAGCCAGCGAUCCUGAGCGGGUGUAAGGCUAGAUGCAGGGAGGGAGGGAGUAAAAAAAGGCAAAAGUCUUUGUGCUUCCCUUCCCCCUCAUCAAAGCAAAGGGGAAAUGUCUCUGUCUAAAGGAGGGAAGAAGAAGAACCCUGGGCUGAAGCUGGCCAAAGAAGUCUUUGCACAGCCUCAACCAGCAGCAGCAGCGCUCCCGCGAGAUCUUGACACGAAAGCUUGUGUCACCAUUGGAGAUCAGAACUUUGUGGUGAAGGCCGAUGACUUGGAGCAGAUUGAAGAGCUGGGCAGGGGAGCGUACGGGGUGGUGGACAAGAUGAAACAUGUGCCCAGUGGUGUUAUCAUGGCCAUCAAGAGGAUUCGUGCCACCGUUAACUCUCUGGAGCAAAAGAGGCUUCUGAUGGACUUGGACAUUAUCAUGAGGACAGUGGACUGCUUCUUUACGGUGACCUUCUAUGGCGCCCUCUUCAGAGAGGGGGAUGUUUGGAUCUGUAUGGAGCUGAUGGACACGUCUCUGGAUAAGUUCUACAAGAAGGUUAAUGAGAAGGGCAAAGAAAUCCCCGAAGACAUUUUGGGCAAGAUCACAGUAGCAAUUGUCAAGGCAUUAGAGCAUCUGCACAGUAACCUGUCAGUGAUACACAGAGAUGUGAAGCCCUCCAAUGUUCUGAUCAACACUCAGGGCCAAGUGAAAAUGUGCGACUUUGGCAUCAGUGGCCACCUGGUGGACUCUGUGGCUAAAACGAUGGAUGCAGGCUGCAAGCCCUACAUGGCGCCUGAGCGGAUCAACCCUGACCUCAACCAGAAAGGCUACAGUGUUAAGUCAGACAUAUGGAGUCUUGGUAUCACAAUGAUUGAGCUGGCCAUUUUGAAAUUCCCCUACGACUCAUGGGGCACCCCGUUCCAGCAGCUCAAACAGGUGGUGGACGAGCCGUCUCCACAGCUGCCCGCCGACCGUUUCUCCCCAGAGUUUGUAGACUUCAUCUCCCAGUGCUUAAGAAAGAAGCCGAAUGAGAGACCUGCUUAUACAGAAUUAAAGCAACACCCGUUUUUCACCGUGCAUGACUCCAAAGAAACAGACGUGGCCAGUUUUGUCAAGGUCAUCCUGGAUGACUGAUGGGCUCCCUGCAGGCCCCCCCAGCCCGUCAGGUUAGGCGGGACCUCUCAGCAAACAAACCAAUGGGCUACCUUUUUUUUUUUUUUUUUUUUUUUUUUUAACUCACUGGAAUGACAGACUCUCAAGCACCCACACACAAUAAGGGAGGGUGACCCAAAGACUGACAGCAGCACUGGAGUGGGAGAGUGGUGGUAAUAUGAACUCGUACGGUCAGAAAACCAACUGGAGAGGUUUAAUUCGCUCCUCCAAGCUUCCUGUGUGUGCAAUUAUUCAACAUGACAAAUAUGAACUGAACCAGAUUUCUUUUUUUCUUUUUUUUUGUCUUUUUUUGCCCCACAGCCCCUUUUUAUCUCUCUCUUCAGAACGGACAGAGCCAGCCAUCAUUUCUUUGUGACACAUAUUGUAUGAAUACUUUGAAUAUCAUCUGCAAAACCAACAGUUAAUGUGUAUUUUGUUGUGUAUUGAAAUCUAUAUUUGCAUCUGUGUUAGUAUGUUUUCUCAUUAUACAGAGUUUUGAUACUGUAUAUCGUGGACAUGUGUGAAUUUUACCGGACUGGGGCCUUAUAUGUCAGAUCACAUCAGGUGAACAGUUGGACCUGGUUCUGCUCUGAGGUGGUUUGGUCAGUGCAGGGGGGCUUGCAGUUGUUGCAGGACCGUGGCCCAGGAGACGCCAGAGCUAAGAUAAAAAAAACAUGCAAAGAAAUGUCAAAGGUCACAUUCUGUGCGCGAGGAAUUGCAAGUCGUUUCUAGAUCUCUUGGAAGCAUGACGCAGGAAUGUAAAGCGUCCCAUAUCAUCUGAUCCGAUUGUGAUCCAAGCUGAGGGCCUUCAUGCAGUGACCCCCCUCCGUACUCGUCGUCUUCUUUCUUGGGUAUUAACGAGUCGGCCUCAGUGCUGCCAUUGUUACUACCUGGAAGUAUUCAGGGGUUGCCUAAACAAGCUCACAGCUUUAUCUCUUUUCUGUGUGCCAUUUUGUAAGUCGUUCUCAUGAAUUACUGCAUUAAUUGUGUUUUUCUCUUCUUCUUUUUUUUUUUUUUUUUUUUGGACUUGUUCUGUCCUGCAUUUUGAUUUUGAUUUUAGCAGCAUUUAUACUCAUCCCUUUGCCUACAGUACAGUUCUCAAUACUGGAGUCUGCAUAGUCUUUUCAUAUGAGGCACUUAUGCUUGUUUCCCCCCCCCAGAUUCCUUAUUAUGCAUUACACAGACAGUAUGUUGAAGAUGUAAAUACUAUCAGCUUUUUUUUUUUUUUUAAUGUAACAUGGCACUGUCAUAACUUGGCAGUGCAGAUGGGUGGUAGAGUGGUUGGUAGUUUAAUGCAGCGUGACGCGCUUACACACACACACACACACACACACACACACUUGUACUCACAGGGCCAGCUGACUACCGUACACCUAUUUUGGACUGAUGUGCUGUCGAGCUACACCGCUCAGGUUUCUGUGCUCUCCUUCAUGCGGAGACGGCCACAUUUAUUUUUCCCCAGGUCGUACUCCCCCCUUGAUUGCCGGACCGAGAGCCUCUUCUCAGUCCAUGGUGGGCGGCCAUUAUCUCGUCUGUCCGACCAUACUAUGCAGAGCCCCCUCCUUCGCCUUGGACACGCGGCAAGAGGCCCUUGCCAUGCGGCAGUUUCCCCCCCCCACUCGAAGUGUUCAGAGACUGUGAUGGUGAUGACGGCGACGAUAGUAACCACGACUUCCGUGACUCUGUUCACGGCACGCACUCACGCCCCCCUCUGGUUUACACUGUAGUGCAACCUUUAUCAAAAGGCAGUGAGUUAGGAAUAUUUUUUGAUUGUGAAUAAUAAGGGAAAGCUAGCAACACCACAAAGAAGCUGCUAUAUUUUCUUUUCUUUUUUUUGGUCUGCCUUCUUUGGAUGGCCAUUCCCUUGGUGUGUAAAAGUGCGUUUUUCUACGCUGAUCACAAUGAGAAUGGAACACUUGCUCUACCUCUUACUCCUUCACUCUAUUUGCCACCUUUUCAUUGGGUGGGACCGACAAACUUGAACUAUGGAAAGACAAAAAAAUAAAGGCUUUAUUGUUCAGUA